UACUCACGUCUGUUGCAGGGGUGCGGAAAAUGUAAUUAUUUACAUUAUCAGCAACUCUCCAUAGAACAUGAUUGUAGCCAGAAGCUAAACAUGUAGGAAGACACUUUCCAAGUUUCCAGGAGCUGCUGACUCGACUGGGGUAUAUGCUCUGGUUUUAGUUGAACCAUGGCUGGGGUCAACAUACGAGAGGCAAGGAAGACUGAUGCGAAGAAGAUCUUUGAGUUGAUGCAACAGCAAGCAGCAGAGCAGAACACUGUUCUUCCAUCUCACCUCACUCAUGAAGCUGUUGCUGAGGGUGGCUGGGGUCCGGCAGCAGUAUUCAUGGCAUUUGUGGCAGAGAGCAAGGAGACUAAAGAAGGGGAGUUGGUUGGGUACAUUCUGGCUCACCGUGCAUACUCUACCUGGGAAGGCCGUGCUAUGUACAUCAAGGAAAUAUUUGUGGUCCCUGCAUCUCGUCACUCAGGUGUGGCCACAUACUUGUGCAAGGAAAUGUUGCAGGUGGCUGUCAGCAUGGGUUGCAGUCGGUGUGAUGUGAGGGUAGACAAAGCAAAUAAGGCUGCUAAGGGUCUGUUUGAGAAGCUUGGUGCUAAGAAUCUUACUGAAGCUGAGGACUGGCAUCUCUUCUUGAUGGACAGUAAGGCAAUGACAGAAAUGAAGGCCAGGUGUAAGAGCAAAAGGCCAUCACAGGUGCGCCAAGCCAUCCCUGAGGACAUGGCUAGCGUGAUGGCCAUGAUCCAAGAAUUGGCAGAUUAUGAGAAGAUGUCUGAUGGUCCUAAGAUAAAUGCUCACACUCUGGUGACAGAUUCUUCCCCGGACACAUUCUUUGAAUGCUUUGUAGCAGAGAAAGAUGGGACCCUGGUAGGUUACGUGUUACCCUACCAUACUUUCUCAUGCCAGGGUUAUGGUAUAUACAUGGAGGAUCUCUAUGUAAAGCCAGAUCACCGCAGCCAAGGCCUGGGAACAGCUCUCAUGGCUCAAGUUGCUCAGCAUGGCCUUACCUUGGAAGCCAACCAUCUUGAGUUCAGUGUUCUUUCCUGGAACACUCCAAGUAUUGCCUUUUACCAAGUAAUGGGUGCCACUAACAUUACUACAGACAGAGGUGUUCAGCUGUACCGUUUUAUUGAUUCUGUCAUGAGGAAGUAUGUUCAAUAAGUAUAAAAAGAAGUGUCUAUUGAUAAAUUGCAGAUGAAGUGAAGUUGCAAUCAGAUUAUCUGAAUUUAUUAUUCAACUUUGCAGUGUAGAUCUUUCUAAAUCUCCAGUCCAUUUGCUUAUUCCUUUCAAAUUAUUUGCUUAUUGUAUUGUACUUUGAAGUGGAGGACCUCAGACUAAAUCAAUCUGAUUGUUCAUGGUAUACUUCCUGAUUUUAUUAUGUUCUUAAAGAAAGUCUUACCAAUAUCUGUUAUGCAAAGGAAAACUAAGCAAAUUCAAAUCAACUUUAUUUUGUGCAUAUUUUGUGCUACAAACAUAACAGUAUAAGGUAAGUGUGCUUUAACAACUGUUUUGAAUAAAAUUAUACUAUAUUUUAG